UUGGUUGCGUAAAUACGUUUGAAAGGCCCUAUCAGCGCGGCGGGCGGCCCGUUUGAUCUGUGUGCCGGCUUGGACGGUUCCGGUUCCAGGCUGCAAGCGGCCUGCGCCAUGGAUCCGGAAGGCCAGUCGGAUAACCGGCUGCUGCAGCACCUCAAGGAAAGCAGUAGCCGUUUCCAGACGCUCAUGCAGCGGCUGAUAGCGAAGUACGACCAGCCCUUUGAGGACGACCCGUUGGUGCAGAUGUCCACGCUGACCUACGAGACGCCCCAGGGAUUGAGAGUUUGGGGAGGAAAGCUGAUAAAAGAAAGAAAUGAGGCACAAACUCAGGACCCUUCUGUGAAGAUGAUUACCAGACUAAAUAGGCAAGCUCUAGAUGGCAAUGAGCGUUUACAGUCCUGCACACAAGCCCUGGGAGAUGAUUCAGAAAGCAGCGGAACAGAUACAAGCUUAGACGAAGAGGAAAAGCUGUCUUGCACCUUGACGCCUACAGUGCCUGGAAGCCCUUUGAAAAAUGACUUAAGAUGGAAGUACUUGACCCAGGUGGAUAUACUGCUUCAAGAUGAGGAAUAUUUUAAGAACGCAGAGAAGAGAAACGGAAAAGACACACUCGUGACUUUGGUUUCUUCCUCUUGUGUCACGCCAGCCCCUGGAUGCCAGGACAGUAUUUCUACAAAGAGCUGUGGUAGCCCUGAAAUGUCAGCUUUGUCUUCCAGAGACUGGAAUCCCUCAAACCCUUGCCAGGCUGACAUGACCGUUACGCCUAGAAAUGACAGCUUCUCCUUUCUAGGGACCAGCAGCAGCAGCUUAAGCAGCCAGCCCCUUGAGGCUGAUGACAUUUGCAAUGUGACAGUCAGUGAUUUGUACGAAGGCAUGAUGCAUUCGAUGAGUAGGCUGCUGAGCUUAAAGCCAUCAUGCAUAAUCUCCACCAAGACCUACAUCAACCAAAACUGGAACCCCAGGAGGAGGUUGUCACGAAAGAGUGGGAUGCACAUGAAUAGGACAUACAGCCACAGAAGCAAGCGCUUUCAGAGGAACUCCAAGAAGGAGCCCUGUUCAAAGCUAGGGAAAGAGGUAUUAAGAGACUGCAAGAAUUUGUUGCACACUGCUCCCCACAAGACAGACUUAAAUUUGGAAAGGGGAUCUCUUGAAGGAAGCAAACUCCAAGUCCAUAAGUUCAAUCCAGUUUGGAAGGAAUUUCAGGUGAUGCCCCGUAAGUAUUUAGACUUAAACACAAUGUACUGUCAUGAGCGAGAAAAUAGAAUGAAGACAUUACAGUGGCUAAUUUCACCUGUUAAAGUAGUUCCCAGACAAAGGAUGCUUCCAAGUCGAGCAGAGAAGUGGUAUAGGGAAAUUGAAAUGAAAUUUGACAAACUUCAUCAGGAAUGUAGCCUAUCUUCUGGGAAACAGCUUCCCCUGGCUGGUCCCACAGAGUCCUGGGCUGUAGAUGUCUAUAGAGGUAGUUCUAGAAGCCCAGGCAGCCCCCAGGGUAUAAAAACCCCCAGGCUGCAUUCACCUUUCAACAGAGAAAAGAUGAAGCGGUCAAGUGAGGCUUUUGAAGACCUGAAUGAAAUGUCUGUCAAAGUGGAUUCCUGUCUCCCAAGGAGCCAUUCCACUGUAUUACUAUCAGGGGAUAGCACCUCAUCUGGCCUUUUUCUUCAAGGACUUAAUUCUGGGUCAAUCAGAGAGACACUAUCACCCAGUACAGGUAUUUCAGCACCAUGGACAAGCCCUCGGGGCCAUGGGAGGAAUCGCUAUGAUGAGAUUAAGGAAGAAUUUGAUAAGCUUUAUCAGAAGUAUUGCUUGUCACCUCGGCAGGUGAAGGUAACCUCAUGUGUUACAGCAUCUCCAAAGAAAGUUGGUGCAUCUGUUCCUAGUCACAUAGAGGACUUAAGAAAAUUAAAUCCAGACUCUGGAUUCCUGAGUUCCCCAAAAUUGUCAACGUCUGGCUGGAACAUAAGAAGCCCACAGGACUCAAUUCCAACUGAGGCACAAAUGUCUGCAUGGACUGUUAGUGCUGUUAUGAGAGACCCUUGCUUCCCAACAAAGAGGCGCAAGUUGUCAUAUCCCCCGAUGUGUGCACACCAGACCAAGACUCAGGAUUCCUCAGGAGCAGCAGGCAAAGCAAUGCCCUGGCCAGAAAAGCAGGCCAACCCUGUGUGGCCUGACUGCUGAUAAGGUGUUCCUGUCUGUUGGGCAUGAUGUCUAUGUGUAACGAGUAGCUGUUGAGAUACAAGAUGCUAUGGCAGACACUUCCGUUUCUCUUGCUGGAGAUGGGACUCGGUAUCACACUUGCUAAGCAGUCUGCCACUGUGUCUCCCUCCCCACAGCCAUUUCCCCUGCUCUACAUCACCAUCAUCUCUGUCUUUUCAUGUGGGAUGUUAGUGGUGCCCUGGGCUUCCCCAGACACCCAGCCAAGCUCAGCCAUUAGUGUGUCUCCUGAUCAUAUUCAGGAGGAUCCUCAAUGGCAUCCUUUCUCUUGAUUUUAAUUAUCUGCCUUGUCUCUGCUCCCCUCUCACCCAUGCUGCAAGAGGACAUGUGUAGACAUGGGUAAGUCCUUGGACUUGGGACACAACACAGAAUACUUGGCUUGACCUGUGGAACUCUGGAUGUAUUUUUUUCCCUUUUGGGUGGUUUUUGUUUCAUUUGACUUUUGAGACAGGGUCUUGCAUAGCAUGGUGGCCUCACUAUAUAGUCCAGGUGGCCUUGAGUUCCUGAUUCUCCUGUCUCUGCUCCCUAAAUGCUGAGAUUUUUUAUUUUGUGAACUAAAUCCUCCUGGUUGAACUUUCAGGAAGGGACCUGCCUAGGAUCAGACCACAGAUGAUACCACAAGGAGUAGGACCAGAUACGCAAAGGAACCCCAAUCCUAGGUGCCAUGCUAACUGGGUCUCUGGCUGCCUGGUGUCCCUGGCAGGGUACACUCACCAACAGUCUCCUUUGCUCUUGGUCUUGAGUUCUUUAACAUGAUGCAAUUUCCCACCAGGGAUUUAAACCUUUAUAUUAGUGCAGUCAAGAAGAAAUUAGGCAUUUGGCGGCUGACUUUGAAGCACUAUUAGGAUUAUACUAAGAAUUGUUUUUCAUCAUUCAUGAUGGAAAAGUGAUUUUUGUUAGGUAAAUCCAAAGUUAAAAAUGUUGCCUCUAGUUCUUAGAUAGUGUGUCUGUCACUGUGUCACCCAGGCUGGCCAUAGAUGCACCUCAAGCAUGCAACACCACAACUGUUUGUUCAGCCUUUGCUUUGUCUGUGUGUCGCACUGCUUGAAGUUUCUGCCUUUAAUGGAGCUCUGGGGCAGCUGGUGCCAUGGGAAGUACCUGGUAUUAUUUUGGAAAUAAAAUUAUGCAGUUAAGCA